AUGAAUUUGGAUCUUCUAAAUUUUGGGUUUUCACUUGAGAGGAUAAAGUUGAUCCACUGGUUGAACCAGUGAGCCAUGACCGGGUCAAUUACCAGUUUAGUUCUGAUAACUAUGCGAAUCGGAACUAUCAUUCACAAUAUUGAAUUGAACCCAGGGCAAGGUGGCAAGCUGGUUAGAGCUGCUGGAACUUGUGCAAAAAUCCUGAAAGAACCUACAUCAAAAUACUGUCUUAUCCAGCUCCCCUCGGGUGUUAAAAAAAUGAUUGAUUCUCGUUGCAGAGCCACCGUUGGUACUGUCUCAAAUCCAAGCCAUGGAGAUAAGAAGCUUAGGAAGGCUGGACAAAGCCGGUGGCUUGGCCGGAGACCAGUUGUUCGAGGAGUGGCCAUGAAUCCAGUGGACCAUCCUCAUGGUGGAGGAGAGGGCAAGAGCAAGAGUAGUGGUCGGUGGGGAAAAGGAUCUCGAACUCCUUGGGGUAAGCCGACUAAGAGUGGAUUCAAGACCGGGCCCCUGAAACGGAGGAAGUAGUAUCCAAUAUUCACUAUAGAUGCUUUUCAUGCUUCAAAUGUUAGCUGCUUGUGAUAAUUGUUGUUAACUUGUUAUGGGAAUUGGGGCUCCUGCUUAGGAAAAGUAUCUACUUGUAGUCCUGGAAUGAAUAGGUUAAGCCAAUUGACUAGUUUAUUAUCUCUUUACAUUAUUAGUUAUAUCUAACAAUUGAUACUUGAUUGUUAUUAAUAUGUUUGUGAAGAUAUACAUUUUAAGUUUUAGCUUUA